AUGGCGGCGGUGCGUUGGUUCGCAGCUCCGAAAUGCAUAGCAAUGGGACUAACUAGACGUGCAGCCUAUAACCACCGUCUCAGAUUCGAAAGAACGACAAGGGCUCAAUCUCAUCGCAGCACAUUCACACAUCCGAGGCCUCGGCGUGACGCCAGACACCCUUACCCCAAAGCCCAGCGCCGAUGGCCUUGUAGGGCAGCAGCAGGCGCGGAAAGCGGCCAGCAUCAUCCUCCAGAUGGUCAAGGAAGGGAAAAUUGCGGGAAGAGCAGUGUUGAUAUCUGGACCCCCGAGCACAGGAAAGACGGCUAUUGCAAUAGGAAUGAGCAAGGGCCUGGGUGAAGAUGUACCAUUUACAAUGCUCGCAUCGUCGGAGAUAUUCAGUCUGGAAAUGAGCAAGACAGAGGCACUGGAGCAAGCUUUCCGGAAGUCAAUUGGCGUACGGAUACGAGAAGAAAGCGAAGUCAUCGAGGGCGAGGUAGUAGAGAUACAGAUCGACCGGUCGGUUACAGGGAACAACAAGAGCGGCAAGCUCACACUCAAGACGACCGACAUGGAGACCCUAUACGACAUGGGCACGCGUAUGAUUGACAGCAUGACGAAGGAGAAGAUCAUGGCAGGAGACAUCAUAAGCAUCGACAAGGCCAGCGGCAGGAUCACCAAGCUUGGGAGAAGCUACACUCGCAGCCGCGACUACGAUGCGGUUGGGUCGGACGCGAAGUUCAUCCAAUGUCCGGACGGUGAGCUGCAAGUGCGGAGGGAGACUGUUCAUACUGUCUCAUUGCAUGAAAUCGACGUUAUCAACAGCCGGACACAAGGAUUCAUGGCCCUCUUCUCCGGCGACACUGGCGAGAUCCGAUCCGAGGUGCGAGAGCAGAUCAACACCAAGGUUGCGGAAUGGAAAGAGGAGGGUAAAGCUGAGAUUGUUCCUGGCGUCUUGUUCAUCGACGAGGUCCACAUGCUUGACAUCGAGUGCUUCAGCUUCAUCAACCGAGCUCUUGAGGACGAGUUAGCUCCGAUUGUCAUCAUGGCUUCGAAUCGUGGGUCUACGACGAUUCGCGGAACCAAUUAUCGCAGCCCGCAUGGCCUGCCGCUUGACUUCCUUGAUCGUGUGGUAAUCAUCUCCACCCACCCUUAUCAGGCAGAGGAGAUUCGCGACAUCUUAUCGAUCCGCGCGCAGGAAGAGGAGGUUGACGUGUCGCCGGAUGCUCUUGCUCUCCUCACCAAGAUUGGUGCGGAGACAGGUCUCCGGUAUGCAAGCAACCUUAUCACUACCUCACAUCUCCUAUCGCAGAAGAGGAAAGCGAAGGAGGUUGAGCUUGGCGACGUGCAGAGAUCCUUCAAGCUCUUUUACGACCCGAAUCGAAGCGUUGAAUUUGUGCAAAAAUUCGGGAAUAGAUUUAUCGGAGAAGACGGCGCAGUCACUCUGGGCGCAGAGUCAAAUGGCGCGAGUAACGGAGAUGCUAUGGAAGUAUCCUAG